AUGGACUGUUCAGACGAAGUAUUUAUAUCGAAAUUAGAAAUAAAAGAAGAGCCUCUUUAUAUCAAAAUAUUAUGGAUAAACAAUUCCGUAGAUCUUUUUCAUAUUCAACUACUUGAUGACAAAUUUAGUUGGUCAGGUAAAUAUUCUUUAGAAGCCGCUAAGAAAUAUGCCGACAUUGUUGACGAAAAUGAAACCGCAUAUCAAACGAAUGUGAAAAGGUGUUUACAAAACUGUAGUACCGAAUAUGUAUUUGAUUUUGCUACAAGCAGCCUAGACCCUGCAAGUUUUUGUUGGAAAAAGAAAUUUGAAGGCUCUACAGCUGUUUUAGUACAUGGUAAAGUGCUGUUAUAUAAAGAUGGAGUUAUUGAGCCGAAGAAUACAUUAAUUGACACCCUCAUAGAUAAAAAUUACAAAUUGACUCAAAAAAUACUAAGAUGUAAAGAAGAAAACGAAAAGUUAUCUAUAGAAUUAGAAAAAUGUAAAAAAGAGUUGGAAACAUUUGCCGAAAUGAAAAUAUCUCUUGAAUCCUCUCUAUACAGUAAAUUUUUACAAUUAUUGAAUACUAAGAAACGGAGGAUUCAAUUACUUGAAGAUCUUUUACAGGAGAAUGAGAAAUGUUGA